ACUGGGACCUACGGCUCUGCUACAACUGGCAGAGAAGAAAGAACCUUUACCCAGUAUUAAAAGACCAAUGUACACACAAGCUAUGGUAGGCACAAUAGUGGUAUUUAGUGGAUUUCGAGCUAGAGAGGAUGAACUGCGCAAGUUAGCUAAUAUGAUUCUUAAUAUGGGAGGUAGCAUCCGAAAGGAGAUGGGUAUUAAAGUGACGCAUCUUAUUGCAAAUCACUGCAGUGGAGAAAAAUACAGAUACGCUGACACAUUUGGAUUGCCUAUCAUGUCGAUAGAAUGGGUGAUAGCAUUGUGGAAUGCCAAAGACGAUAUCUCCACAUAUGCGAACAAUGAGGAAUUGAUAGCAACUUAUAAACUAAAGCCAUUUUAUGGGGCAAAAGUAUGUUUUUCUGGUUUUCCCGAAGAAGAGAAGAAACAUAUGUGUGAGGUUCUGGAGCAACAGGGCGGCGAACCUACUGAGAUUGAUGAUCCGAAUUGCACUCAUGUCGUCGUUGAUGAGUCCAAUGUAAAUGUAUUACCAAAUUUAGUGUCAGUAUCUGCAUUCAUAGUAAAAACCGGAUGGUUUUGGACAUCUGUACAGAAUGAGGCAGCCGCUGAUGAAAAGGAGUAUCUAUUUGAACAUUAUCUAGAAAAAGUUCUGUCCCCUACUGCGACGGGUAGACGAGACAGUCAACAGAUUAUAUCACAGAAUGUAACAUUGUCAAAGCACCCCUGUUGGUUAGGUGGUCCAUUAUCUAAUUUGUUACAAAAUGGAGCAGAUUCACCAGCCAGUGUCAGUGGAAGCUUUCUGGACUGUACAGCAAGUCCGGAUAAACAAUUGCUAGACGAGGUAGAAUCUGUUGCUAUAGAACAUUUACCGAUAGUUAAAGAAAACUUGUCGCAACGUCAUAAAGUCUUUCUUGAAUUGGUAGAGACUGAGGCCAAUUACGUAGGUAUCCUUAAUACAAUUAUGACGUUAUUCAAAUUGCCAUUGGAAAAUCUCAUAGGUAAAAGUGGGAAAAUUAUAUUUGGUAAUUUCCCACCUAUUUAUGACGUUCAUAAACAGUUGUUAGAGGCAUUGCAUUGUAGUGCCGCUCAUUGGACAGAGGAUAUUAGCAUUGGCGAAAUAUUUCUAAAGUUUGAACCAGAUUUGGUUAAAGCAUAUCCUCCAUAUGUAAACUUCUUUGAAAAUACAAAACAAAUGUUGGAAGAGUGUGAUCAAAAUAAGCCACGAUUUCAUGCCUUUUUAAAAAAUUGCCAGACAAUACCGGAAUGCGGUAGACAAAGCUUAAAGGAACUCUUGAUUAAACCAAUACAAAGGUUACCCAGUAUUAGUUUAUUAUUAAGCGAUAUUCUUAAGCAUACGGACAAAAGUAAUCCAGAUUAUAGUGCAUUGGAAGCUUCUAUUAGCUGUAUUAAGAAAGUGAUGACGUACAUAAAUGAGGACAAAAGGAAAACGGAGCGCCAAUUAGCAAUGUUCGAUAUCUUUAAUGAGAUUGACAAUUGUCCACCGCAUUUAGUUUCCUCGCAUAGGUCAUUUAUCAGUAAAUGUGAUGUAAUGGAAGUUACGGAAGGUCUUAGUGGACGAGGUGAUCAUUUAGUAUUGUUCCUGUUUACCGAUACUCUCGAAAUAUGCAAGAAAAGAUCGAAAGCUUUCAACUCGUUAAAGAGUCCUAAUACUAUAAAUGGCUUGCAAUCAAUUAAACUUAGCCAAGGAAAGCCAUAUAAGCAUAUCAAAAUGUUGUCCCUAAGUACUAUAAGAAAAGUUGUGGAUAUACGAGAAACUGACGAAUGUCACAAAGUGUUUGCACUCGUGGUACGAGGGACUCAGGAAUUGAAGGAAAAAUUCUUUUCGUUUAUAAUUACUGAUGAAGAAGUAAACAAAACGAAUUACCUACAGACCUUAUGCAGACAGAUGGCUCUUGCUGUCCGUGUAGCUGACGCUGAUACGUUACUCAUUAGAUAUGAUUCGCAUCAGCUUGAAGUUGGUACUAGCGAUGUAGCAUCAGGAACAUUAAAGAAAACAAUUAAGAGCCUAUUUCAUAAUUUUUACCUGGAGUAUAUGGACCCGUUUGCAUCUCGUACAAGAGCCAGAGUCGGUCGAGCGUUUAGUUUCAAUAAAACGCCAAGCAAACUAAAUAGAGCGAUGUCUACAAUUAUGUCCCCGUUUGGAGUAACACAAAAUCUUCCUCCAACAAACCAACAAAUAGCUCAGAUGCGGCUAGGUAGUUGCAACAAUAUCAGCGAGCUGGAUAAUGGUGGUUCAAGUUCUCCAAAUAGAGAGGAUGUUUUAGUUGCACCCAUGUCGGAUCAACCGACUCGAAAGGCCCUCAGUAUGGCUUCGCUGCGAAGGUUGUAAUUAAUAUGCAAGAAGUCAUACUUUCUUUUGCUACAGUCGUUUAGUAUUCUAAACAAAGAGACGUGCAUUUUUAACAAACCACUGUGGUAUGUUAAACUAAUAUAUAUCGUCUAUAAAUUAAGACAUUAGUUAUAUUUAAUGGAAAAGGCCCGAAGACGUGCUGUAACAUUUUUACCCAUCACAAUUUUCUCUGUUUCACAAAUAAUUGUAAUUACUUCAUUUCUCAUUAUUACUAUUUUUAUAAUAGAAUUCAGUACAAUUUCCUGAAUACCGCCUUAUCCGCGAAUACGUCAUUAUAAAAAUGAUAUUACUGUUAUUAAUGCCAAUAAUGUCUAAUUAUUAUUGUUAUAUUACUAUUAUUAACAUCAUUUAUUUAUUUUAUGUAUUAUUUCUUGUAAUUAUUGUAUAUGCCUUCUUAGCUUCUGCACUUAUUCGCCUAAGAUACGAUAAAGAACUAUCAUCUUUUUAUAUAAAUACAGUUCGUUCUUCGCGUCGAGUCAAUUGAAUUGUUUUUGAGAGGAGAUAUAUCGUCAAAUCAAAUUACAUUGAUUCGGAGAUAUUUUUUCGAAUUUUCUAAUCAUUAUUUUAAUGACAAAUAAAGCCAGACUUAUACUAAUAGACACUGCAGGCAUGUGCAAAAACUUUUCUUAAUAAAUAUAUCGAUAAUUUGUAAAAAAAAAUAGCAUUAAAUGUCUCAUUAAUUAAUGUAUCCCAUUGUAUUCACAAUCUCAGUGUCAAGAAAAAGUAUUUGUUUAAAAAUGGGUAGACAAGUAUAGCCGAUAUUUAAUCACAGUAUGAAUCCAGAUAAUGAAUAUGUCCUCCAACUAAUAACAAUAAUUUUUAUAUUUUUUACAUAAAAAUGUUCUGCAAUUUUAACAUUUUAUUUACUAUUUUUUUCAUUUCUGUUUUUCUACUCAUUAGAAUUUGUUCAACGGGAAUCAUACACACACAAAGGAGGUCUGAUCUUUGAGCUAUAAAAAAAAAUUUACGUGCGGCUUUAUCUGUCUUUAAUCGUUCUUUUAUCAACGAAGAUACUUAUGUGCUGUAGAUUUUUUAAUAAGGAUUUAAAAAUAUAUUUCGUAUUUUGUGCAAAAAUUAAAUUUUAAAAUG